GUGAAACACAUGUUAAAUUGUUAUUAUUCUUCAUUACUUACUUGUUUCACUCAUUUCAGUGAUCCGUAUCAAGCCAUCAUUUUGUUUCGUUGUUGUGAGGAGUUAUCUUGUCUGGAGACAUAUCAAACAUGGCGACUGACCACAAAACAUUGCAGCCUCUGGAAUUCUACAAGACUUUUCUUGAUCGCAAGUCACGUCCUGAUGGCCGCAGUUUACUCGAAUUUCGUAAAAUGACUCUAAAUGCUGGUUCAAUUGGCACAGCAGAUGGAUCAGCCAUUGUCAAAUGUGGCAAUACCACAGUUGUAUGUGGCAUCAAAGCUGAAAUUGCAGCACCGGCAAUGGAUGAACCUGCAAAAGGCUUUAUUAUCCCUAACGUGACUCUACCUCCACUAUGCUCAUCUAAGAUCAAAUCAGGUCCGCCUGGAGAAGCAGCUCAAUCAGCCACUCAGUUUAUAGCUGAGUUAGUGGCUAAUAAUAUCAUCCUUGAUCUGCACAACUUAUGCAUACACAGUGCUAAAUGGGCUUGGGUUCUUCAUUGUGACCUAGUCUGCAUUAAUCUGGAUGGCAGUUUAUUAGAUGCUUGCGUAAUAGCAUUGAUAACUGCAUUGAAGAAUGUGACCCUUCCAAUUGUCACUUAUGAUGAAGAAUUGGACAAGUUAAUUUGUGACACAGACCAGAAAAGGCCACUUGAGGGCAUUAAACAGCCAGUCACUUCAACAUUUUCCCUGUUUGAAAAUGGCAUUUUAAUUAGCGAUCCGACAUCGGAAGAAGAACAAUUAGCUGCAGGCUUAACGUCCAUCACCAUGGAAGGCACCCUCGUUACACACAUGUACAAACCAGGGGGCUGCACUCUUGAUGAGAAACAGGUAAAAAAAUUGAUUCAGCAAUCAGAAUUAAAAGCCAAGGAAAUUGUAAGAUUGAUUGAAGAGGUUUGCUCGUCAUCAGUUGCAGAACGAUGAAAUUGUUUUCAUCGCUUCUAUUUCUGUGAAAUAAACU